GUCUUACUAUUAUAUUUGUUUACAAUCAAGCUUUAUCAAUGUGUCUCUCUUAACCCAAUGUAAAAUAUCAACGUUUGUCUCUGUUUUUCGCAAUUUUGAGUUUCAAUUUUUUAUUGUAAACGAAAAUAAUACCUACGUCACGUCAUCUGUCUGGGUGUCAUGUGUUGUAAGCAACUUGGAUAUUAUGAUUUUUCAUGCUUUUAACAGCAUUUUUGUGUAGUGUUUAGUUAUAUUACAAAAGAAAUAAAUGGCACCAGAAAGAGCUGUAACUCCUCAGGACGAGAGUAGGUUAUCCCCAAAGAUGUCAGUUCCUGCGAGUCCAAUUGCUGGAACUCCUAUAAGAGACGCACAGUCUCCAAUCUCUAUGUUACUAGCGGUCGCUCAAAGCCAAAGUAGGGCCGACGACGACCUUACUAAUUUGAAUUGGUUGCACGAACGAGACAUUUUAAAGGGUAUGAACAUAAAUCCUUCUCCAUCAAAUAGUACCAACACGACACCAAUGAAAGUGUCCAAACAUGAAGUUGUAAUCGAUCAUUCGACACCAACCAAUUGCACUGACGAAUCACUGGAAUCUUCCGAUAGCCACGGCUAUAGCAAUACUUCUAAUCCGACUCAAAUUACAGCGCCACCGAGAAAUAAACAUCCUCACAAUGUUCCUUACGACCCAACGAUACAUACUGCAAAUAAACCACCCUAUUCGUUUUCUUGCUUAAUUUUUAUGGCUAUAGAAGAUUCUGUACAGAAGGCAUUACCCGUAAAGGAAAUUUACGCCUGGAUAUUGGAGCAUUUUCCGUAUUUCAAGAAUGCACCUACUGGAUGGAAGAAUAGCGUGAGGCAUAAUUUGUCGCUCAAUAAAUGUUUUCAAAAAGUGGAAAAAGCUGCUAAUCUAGGCAAAGGCUCCCUUUGGACUGUUGAUCCUCAGUAUAAGCCCAAUUUAAUCCAAGCAUUAAACCGGUCACCUUUUCACCCUAUAUCAACUAUGGAUUCAACAUACCAAGUAGACAAACCCGCAGUAAACAACAAACCCUCAGUUUACAGAUUACCUAAUCCAGAAUUGUUUCCGUACUUAGCUAGAAAAUUAGCCUCAACCGAAAUGAAUAAUCACAUCUUCCACAACCAUGGGAACUAUAGCAGUGGGGCCAGAAUUAAAAUAGAAGAUUCAUUAGAUGCUGUAGAUGCCGCAGCGGCUAUGUUGAGUUUGAAAAAUAGCCAACCGAAGAAUUGUGAUAUGAAAGUAGAUUUAAUGCAAGUCAUCACGAAUUCUCCCAGUCAGGAUCAUACCUAUAGUGCUGCUGAUAGUGAAGAAAGUGUUGUUGACGAUGACAGAAUACUGAAAACCCAUACCUGUAGGAAAAUAGAAUUUGAAGAUGACGAAGAUAGAAGGAUCAAAGAAGGUGCAGAAACAUUAUUAAACCUCGCUGGUAUAACAUUGAAAAAACGACAUAAUUCCAGUAGCGAUACUGAAGAAAAUAAUAAAAAAAUGCGACCUUAUUUACGUUACGAUAUCAAUAAAAAUGAACCAGAAGAGAAAGUUGCUCAUUUCAGACCACGAUUAUUAAGAUCUAAGAAAAAAUCUACCAACAGAAAUAGAGCAAUAGACGAAUGGGGAAAUAAUAGAAUAAACAUAGAAAACAAUCAGAACAGGUAAUUGAUAGUAAUAAGUAGAGGAAAUUAAAUAUUACCUAGAUAGGCUGGACGAGAUUUUAAAAAGAGCCGAUGAAAAAGGUAAAGAUCAAUUGUUAAAAUUUGACGAUAAAAGCUGCCAAGUAAAUCAUUUAUUUUUUCUGAAAUGUGAAAUAACAAUGUUUUAAAAUUUGUUAGAAUCUUGGAAAUAUUGGAAUUAAUUUGAGUGAAAAAUUACUAUAUGAAAGUGGAGUUGAUACUUGAUAAAUAUAUAAUUUAUUUUUUAACUUCACUAUUGUAGGAUGUACAGAUUUUACAAAAAUUACAAAAUGAAGUUUGGAAAAAAAUUGAAAAACAAUGAAAGUGUCUAUUCUAAUACCACAUAUUUUUCCCUUUAGCUUAUUUAUGAUCAUUCUUCAAAUCUCAUUUCUGAUUAAUUUCGGUCUAUUUCAAUGAGUCUUAAGAGAUAGGUCGAAGCAGAUUUAAUCAAGAUAGUAAGUGACUAUCUAUCACAUUCUAAAAAGUGUCUAAGCUCCACAUAUGUUAGCUGACUAUUCCAUUUUAUGCAUUUCAAUCUCUUCAAUAUAAUUUAUGCAAAUCUUGCAAAAUGAGGUUUGUGAAUGAAAGGUAAUAUUUCUGGUUCUAAUAUGUCAACAAUGUAACUGUGAACACUAAAACGACCUCUUUCAAUGUGGCCAUUAUAUCAAUACCAUACCUUAGUGAUCCGCCACUAUAAGUAUACGUUGUUUGUAUAAAAUAUUUCAUUUAAUGACUGGUGACCUUCCUAAUCUAAAUGAUCUGUAGCAAAUUAUUAUCAUAUUCUUCGAUUGUACUACAUGGAAUCAUCGUGUCACUUGCUCUUGUGAGAAGCCUUCUCCAAUUAAACAUUUCUGGUUGGACUGCAGCAAAAAGUGUUAUUAAGGCCUUAUCAUUUACUAUUAUAGGUGCGAAUAUUGGGUGUCCAAGAAAAUUAAGCAAGAUUAAAGAACUCAAUUCACAACUUUGUAAAAAAGCUCUUUAAGCAAAAAUAUAUAUAAAUAAAGUGGUUUCAAUACUACUGUACUCGACGACGAAUGUCAAACUACUAAUAACACAGUAUCCGUGUACAAGCUAUCUUAAAUACAAAAGCUAUAAUUAAUUAUAGAAAUAGAUAUUUAUGGUCGUUAAGAGACCCAUCAAUAUGAAAUAAAAGUAAUUUUAUACGUUUAUGGAAAUUCAAGUGUCUAAAGGACACCUGGAAGCACUUAACUAUGAGGUUGGUGCCCAUAAGGAGUGUUCAGUGUUCAACUUGCCUUAAGUAAUAAAUCUUGACAUAUAAAAUAAUAAGUAGAAAUAUUCGGUAGACAAGGGAAAUUUAUGGUUCUUCACAUGCACAUUAAUAUAAAACUGUUAACAGAUCAGAAAUGGUGUUUGUUAAAUCAGAUACAAAAAUCCUUGGCAGGUAAUUAAAGCAUUUGUCUCCAUCUACAUCUGUAUCGUUUUUAAAAAUCUUGUCUAGACUAAAAUUACCAAUUAAAAGAUAAAUCUAUAUUGUAUUUGUUGGAAGUAAAUGUAAUAUAUUUUAUGUUUUGUUUACCUAUCAAAAUAUGUAAAUACGUUUAGGGAUUGUUUUUAAGCUUUAAAAGGGUUUUGUAAUUAAAACUUUAUAGGUUUAAUUCAGUUUACAGUUGUAGUUGGUAAUUAAAAGAAAGCGAAUGACGAAAACAUAUCAUUUUGUAGUAUGUCUUGUUUGGACGUUGACAAAAGGAUUAUGCACAAUACCAAACCAAAAUUUAUAGAUCCCCUUCAUUACUGAAUUAAUAAAUCCUAUAUGUCUUCCAAUCAAUCUAAAUAUUUCUUCAUUUCAUAUUCAACAUUCAUCUCAUCUCCCUUUGCACUCCAGACUAUAAAGCAAUAGUAGGAACCACUAACUCCAAUACUUUAUUAGUAGAAAGUGCAUGCAUCAAUUAAUAAUAAUUAAACAAACCAAUUUAUUGUUAAAUAUAUUGGAAUAAAGCAUAUUGUGGCUUAUAUUUAAGUCUAAAAGAACAAAGAAUUAUCGCAAAAUUUCUCGUCUUGUUCUCGCCUGAUGGAAUAAACUAUGCAAUCCCUUACGCAAGAUGUGAAAUCUUUUGUCAAGCCUAACUUCUUGAUUUGAGGUGAAUAUGAUUAAUCUCCUCGGAAUUCCCCUACGAGUUGAUCGACUAAGCGCUUGACAAACUUCAAAUGGGACAUACGUUUUUCAUUAUUGUUUUAUGCAUUUAUAUAAAAGAUAUUAAUUUAUACAGGAAAUCUCCGUGACCCAAAAAACAUUUUCCUCCACCAUUUGAGGGAUUUUUUAAGAAAACAAUAGGUUGAUGCAUACUGUUAACAACUACUUUAGAUUUUUAAACAUUUUGUGCUCAUCAUCUUUUAAAAAUCUUGAUUUUGUAAUGAAUCCAGUACUAUCACUGGUGUUUAACAACUUCACGACUCUUUUAUCCUUCCAGGACAAUAUCAUUGCUCUUUCUUUUUUGUAAGCAAUCGAUUUAUUUACACCAAAUCUUGGUUUUUUUAUUGGGUCAGGUAUGCCCUUGCAGUUAAUUUUUGUAGUAUCUGUUAUGUGGCAUUUCAUUGUUAGCAAUAUCUCCGCCAGUAAAGUGCUAGUAUAGUACCUGUCUGCAUACAUGUGAUAUCCUUCAACACCUGGUACGCUGUUCAAUAGAUUAUUAUACAGAUGCACAGGAAUUCUGGUACUGGCAAUUCCGGUUUUAUUAGUUUAUUUGUUGUAAUACUGCUAUAAUAUUGAGGGAUGUUAUAAUAAACAUAUCCAGUUUCUUAAUCUACUAAAACGUUUAUUCGUAUUCCUCAUUCAGAUGGCUUAUUGGGAUUGUAUGUUAUGAAACUAAUUUUAUCUUUGAAUUUGACAAUCGAUUCAUUGACACAUAUUUUACCUUGGUCUAACAUAUUCUGCAAAUUUUGCAUUUAAAAAAUUACUGACCCGUUGAUUCCUAAUUCUUAUAUCUCUACUGUUUUCAAAUGCGGUAUCCAUAGCAAUUGAUAGAAUCUUUUUGUAGUGAAAACAUUUGAAAAGAAAGGUAUUUUUGUAUUGUCACUUAUUGACCAGUAAUCUUGGUAAAACGUUUGUACCCAUAUCCAAUAUUACUUCGAUAAAAGCCCAAAAUUUCUCCGUGUUGUGUGAUGGCGUCUCUGAUACAGUUUGAAAAAUUCUACAGUUCAUCAAUAUUGAAUAUUUGUUCUCGUUGAAAAGUUUAUUCUUGGCAAGGGAAUAUCACUUUCCGUAAUAUAACUCCAUGUAUUAGUGUCUACCGGUGGUGCAUCUUCUUCCUCCGAAUCCAGUUCAAUAUUUUGAAUUCUUUUUUGUCUCACUAUUACAACGUCAUUAUCUGUCUCAAAGUCAUCACCUAGUAAUAUAUCACUCGAAUCAUCUCCAUGCAACACAAAAUCUAGUUCGUGUUCCACAUCACUUAUUUCACAACAAUCGUCAAAAUUUUAGACUUUCACCUUCACUACACCACCAACGUAAUAAAAUAAAACACUUACCAUCGUGAUUAUCUAAGACUUAAGAGCGCUGAGUGAGUUAAAUAAGAGUGUGGCAAAUACGGCUUCAACGGAGUGCAAGGGUUAAUAUUAAUGUUUCUCUGCCAGUACGAUAUUACACAUUGUAUCGUCGAAAAUGAUAUUUUUUUCAUUAAUUUCUGUUUUACAUUUUUCACUAAACUCAUUUUCCAUCCAGUUACCGGUUUUUCAAAUUAUAUGUAUUGGAAUGAAAUGUUAUUCUCGAAAAAAAUUUUGUAUUAAUUUAUAUUCUUGGAAUGGAUAUUAUUUGCUUUUAUUUGAACUUAUUUGUUCUUUAACAUGGAUGUAUGUAUACCUUAACAUUUACAGUUAAUAAAAGAAUUAUGGGAUUUAUAAA